UCACCUUGCUGAAUUUAUAGCGAAACCCUGCCGAAAUCGUGAGAGAGCACCUCGUCUUCGGAGCUGAUGGUUGCGGAGAUCGUGGUAGUUGCCAGAAUUUAUCAAGUGUUAGACUUCGUCACAGAAAACCAGAUAGAGAUUAUAGGUGACUCUGAUCACUGUUGGUGCCGCGCUUCUUGUAGUGAAGACAUAGUGGAGAUGUCGUCUGAAGGAACUCUAAGUGUUGGAGGAGCAGAGGGGGUAAGGGACGUUAGUUCGAGUUCGAUCUCAACUUCGAGCUCGAUCUCAACUUCGAGCUCGAGCUCGAGCUCGAGUGGGGGAAGUGGGGGUAGGACCUCUGUUAGUGGGGGAUAUAAGGGUCGAGAGAGUAGCCUUGUGCCAACCAACAUUUUAGAGGUUGGUGAGAACCGGGGGAAGUGCUAUAAUGAGAGCGAGGAGGUGGUGGGGGAGGUGGUAGGGUAUGAAUCGUGCUGGAGGUGCAGGGGAGAGCUAGGGCACUUGGUAGAGAACUACAGUAUCCUACCUCAUGUGCUGGUAAGGCUAGCAGGAGGUGAGGAGCGAGCGUGUUCGGCUCCAAAAGACCAUUGGAUGCCACUAAACGCGCACUACCUGGCAGCUGGACUUCAGUUCCCAAUUCUGGAGUUACUGGUAACGCUCCUGAAGAAGUAUGGGUUGGGGUUAACGCAGCUCGUUCCCAAUGGGGUGCGGUUGGUGGGGGGUAGUGGGAAGGAGAAGGGAUGGUUCUACUUUACACCUCGGGUAGCUGGAGGUAAGAGUAGGAACCUGUUCACUGUAGGUCCUUCUUCUAUUAAGGGGUGGAAGGAGAAGUUUUUCUUUGUGGAUGAUACGGAGUGGGGGAGGGGGGAUGGGGAGGUGGAAGAGCUUAGUAAGUGGAAGGGGAAGAGGAGAAAUCUGAACCAAUACCGGUUGGGGGAGGUGGAGAAGGACGAGGUGAAGAGGUUAGAGAGGGGUGGGGGCGAACUGAUGAACAUAAUGUACCUCACCAAUCCAGAAGUGGGGGAGUCGUCUGGAAUCUAUGGGACGAGCUUGUUGAGCAGAGAAGAAAUGAACCGUUUGAGAGAUGGGGGUAGACUCGUACGAUUACCGGAGAAGAGGCCAAGGGUGUCAGCCCCUGGUGCUCAAGAGGAAUGGGUUGGAGGUGGGACUUCAAGGCCUCACCCAGGUGGUGGACCUCGAGCUGAGGUGGGGCCUAGCUCUGAGCCUAGGAGGGGCGCAACUGAGGAGGUUGCCACCCGGAAGAGGUCAAGGGUGGAGGAGGUGCAGCCUCUACAGAUUGAGGCGCCGACCGAGUUCGUGCCUCGGCCAGCCCUAGUGCAGAUCGACCCGGCACUUCGGGAGACUGAAGUGGUGGCGCCUGGGAGGGGGAAGAGCUCUGUUCCCUACCCUCGGCAGGUGGCCAGCUUCUACGACUCGGGAAGGACGGCUGCGAAGCGCUUCAUUGGCGCCCACUUCCUUGAGGUGGAUCUGCAGAGGGCAAAGGAUGAAUUGGCUGCCAAUGGGGGAUUUGGGGUAGUUCGGCAAGCCCUGGAGACUGCUAACUUAGUGAAUGCAAUGGCGGUUGAGUUCUUUGACUGUCUCCACGAGCAGAUUGCCUUGGUGAAAAGGAACGAAGAGCUAAGCCGCCAAAAGGAGGAGGCGGAGAAAAACUUCGGUGAACUGACCUCGGAGCUGGAGAAGGUCAGGGAGGAGUUGGCCAACUCGAGGAGGGUUGCCGAGUUGCAGGAGCAGAAAAGGAAGAAGUGCGAUGAGGCACUUACAGGGAGGGAGAGUGAGCUGGCCGAAGUGGAAAAGGCUGCCGAGCUGGCGGUCCACAACUCUGUGGAGGAGGACAUUUCGGACUUCGUGAAAUCUGCCACAUUCACCGAGGUGGUGGACCUCUACCGUUUGCCAACGUUGGUAAUGGCCUUCGCUGACUGUCGUAAGAAGGUGAAGGCGCAGAAUCCAGAGGUGGACGUGACAAGCAUUACUUUUGGACUUGAGGAGGCAGGGGUAGAGGAGAACGGGGAUAGCAAAACAGCGGAGUUUCGUCCUGAGGUGAAGUUGACUUGGGAACGGGACGAGGCUGGGGAAACUAUCCUCCCACCGACGUUGGACUUCGAGUUCGUCGCUGUGGACGAGGAGGAGGCCGAGGUGGCACCAAGGACGGAGGUGGCGGACAACAUCCGAAAUGAAGAAGUGGACCAACAGCUCCAGAUCAUUGAUUGAGCUCGGCCAGCUCAUCCUUUGUAAUUGUUACAAUUUUUAGGUUAUGUAAAGAACGAUGUGUAUUUCAAUUGGAAUGAAUGGAUUGAAAUUUUGGAAAUGUAUGGUGUGUAUUAUGGUAGUAUUAAAAUGACUUCUGACAG